GAACUCUAGCCUCGGACAUGCAUCUGCGAGGAGCUUCGGAUUGGCUCAUGCGAAUAGGUCUUACGAAAGGAGACCGCGUGACUGCGCGGGCGCUUGCGUAUGCGCCCACCUUCAUGCCGGGAAGCCAUUCCUGGUUCAGCCUUUGUACUAUUUAUUUUACUACUACGCUCACGCGGCACAGUGUUCUACCCCAAGGACACAACAAAUUGGCGACGAGGAUCAAGAUUUCCGCGCCGAGGAGGGCGGUUAAGUGUCGUGCAAUCAGUGGCGAGAUUACUCAAUUCCGAAUGGCCAAUACCGCCUGCAAUACUUCGAAUAUCGAGGCCUUCAAUCCUCAAAACGGUCCAUGGACCGAAUGGUGGGAAAGACUGGAAGCGGCGAUACAGAUAUACAACGUAUCGACUGAAAACCAAACGGCAUAUCUAUUGCAUCAUUUGGGCGCCAGUGCUUACAGCGUCCUUAAAAAUGAAGUCAUGCCUCAGAAACCAAGCGAGAUGACUUACAAAAACCUAACGGAAACGUUGGAAAAAUUUUACGAGCCGAAACCUCUCGAAAUCGCUGAGAAUUUCAAACUCGCGAGCCGGAAACAGCAAGAGGGCGAGUCCAUUUUGGAAUACGCUACAGCAUUGAAGAAACUAUCGACGAACUGCAAACUGGGUGAGCAUACAGAAAAGACGCUCAGGAACUAUUUCGUGUUUGGGCUUAGAAAUAAGCGAACACUCAAUCGUCUACUGGAGACAACGGACCUCACGCUGGAGAAGGCGAUACAAGUUGCCACGACAAUGGAAUUGUCGGAGAAGGGGACAAAACAAUUACAAGGCGAAGAGGAAACUACCUUGGCCAUCAGCACGAGGAAGACAUCGGCAUCUACAGAUAAAUUUAAAAAGCGCGGGAACGCGAAUGCGAAAAAUAGUGUUGCGAAAAAUGGCGCGCGCGGGAAAUCGGUUAUCACGUGUUAUCGUUGCGGCGGCAGCCAUUAUGCGUCAGCAUGCACGCUCGAUAGAAGUAUGAAGUGUCUUUCGUGCGGAAAGGCGGGACAUUUAAAAAAAGUGUGCAAAUCGUCUCGUGAAAACAAUACUAAGAAUAUUGAGGUGCUCGCGAUCGAACAAUUGCGUUUCAGAAAAAAAUUCUUUGCCACGUUGAACGUUAAUAAUAAAGACGUGCGCUUCGAGGUCGAUAGUGGAUCGGCCGUCACUUUAAUGUCGUUAACCGACGCGAAAAGGUUAUUCAAAGGCGAACGCGUAUUUACAACCGAUUUGAAUCUCAUGUCCUACACACGCACGCCUAUUCCAUUAUGCGGUUACAUAGAAGUUAGAGUCAAGAACGAUAUACAAGCAAGAUUAAAUGUUAAGCGAAAUACAAAUCCGGUAUUCCAUAAGCCGCGGCCCGUGCCUUUUCGUUUACGCAACCAGAUUGAAGAAGAGCUAGAGACACUUACACAAAACGGGAUUCUCGAGAAGGUGGACUUUUCCGAAUGGGCCACGCCCAUCGUUCCCGUUAUUAAAAAAAAUGGAGAGAUUCGCGUUUGCGGGGACUACAGUGUCACGCUUAACCCCAAUUUAAAUAUAGAUUCGCACCCUUUACCAACACCAGACGAGCUUCUCACGCAAAUGGCGGGAGAAAAAGUUUUUUCUAAAAUCGACCUUUUACAGGCCUACUUGCAACUCGAGGUUAGACAGCAGGAUCGCGAACUGCUUACUUUGAAUACACAUAAGGGUCUUUACAGACCAACGCGUUUGAUGUACGGAGUCGCGUCCGCUCCAGCCAUAUGGCAACGCAUCAUUGAAAAUAUCCUUAAAGAUAUCCCGGGAGUCGUCGUAUUUUUAGACGAUAUUAGAGUCUCAGGCAAAAACGUACAAGAUCAUUUAAGUAAACUGCGCCAGGUUUUUACGCGAUUACAGAAAUGCAACAUACGAAUUAAUGUAAAGAAGAGCGAAUUUUUUAAGGAUCAAAUCCAGUAUUGCGGCUACGUAAUAGACAAAAACGGUAUCAAUAAAGCUCCGGAUAAAAUAGAUGCAAUUUCCAACAUGCCCCAACCUACAAAUCUAACCGAACUUAGAAGCUUCUUGGGCAUGAUACGCUACUACGAUAGGUUCGUUCCAAAUCUAAGUGCCAUUUUGCAACCGCUGAACAAUCUUUUACAAAAGAACGUUAAAUUCUAUUGGUCGGAAGACUGUGAGAAAAGUUUCCAGGCAGCAAAACGAGCAUUUACAAGCCCGAAAUGCUUAGCUCAUUUUGAUCCCAGACUGCCCAUAACCUUAGCCACUGACGCGAGUCCUUACGGAAUAGGAGCAGUGCUCUCUCAUAUUUAUCCAGACGGUUCGGAAAGAGCCAUUCAAUACGCGUCUCAAACGCUUUCGAAAACACAACGUUCAUAUUCUCAAAUCGAUAAAGAAGCGUUGGCAAUAAUCUUCGGUGUUAGGAAGUUUCAUCAGUACCUACAAAGUACAGAAUUUACUCUUAUUACGGACCAUCGUCCGCUCACGCAGAUCUUUUCACCGACAAAGGGUUUGCCAAUUUACACUGCUAUGCGUAUGCAGCACUAUGCGUUAAUAUUACAAGGAUUUUGUUAUAAGAUUAAAUAUAGGAAAUCGAAAUUACACUCAAAUGCGGACUGCUUAUCGAGACUUCCGAUACCGCGAAAUACAGACGAAAUAGAGUGUGAAGCUGUGGACGAGUUCCAAGAAGCUACUUUCGAUACGCUGCCUAUUACAGCGGCACAAGUUGCUGCAGCUACAAGAGAGGAUAAAGAAUUAUCCAACUUGCUAAAAUUCUUAAUAACAGGCUCUAAUUCUAACGCGGAUUCUAAAAGCAAUAAAUAUUACACGGUUCCUUACGAGGAAUUUUCCUUAUUACACGGUGUUAUUUUUCGAGGGCACAGAGUUGUUAUUCCGAUCGGGUUACAGAAAAAAAUACUUCACGAGUUGCAUCUAGGUCAUUUUGGCACAGUCAAAAUGAAGCAUCUCGCGAGAGGGUACGUCUGGUGGAACAAGAUUGACAAUGACAUAAAGAAAUUAACGCAGAAUUGUCAUGAAUGUAAUUCGCACAGGAACAAUCCACCUAAAGUUUCAAAUCACGUGUGGGAACCAGCCCAAUUACCCUUCGAAAGGGUACACGUCGAUUUUGCAGGUCCAUUUUUAGGACACAAUUUUUUUAUUCUGGUUGAUUCGUACACAAAAUGGCCGGAAAUUCAUAUUGUCAAGGACAUUACAACGAAAACUACCAUUAAUGUAUGCAGACAAAUAUUUUACACGUACGGAUUACCGAAAUACAUUGUAUCCGAUAACGGCACUGCGUUUACGUCGAAAGAAUUUAGAAACUUUUUAGAUUCACACGACGACGGUCGUGUCUGGAAAAGGCACAUCAACCAAAUGCGUCCGAUAGGCGACGACACGCCAAAGAGUAGUGAUGAAGAUUUCUAUGAUUUUUACGAUACUAAUCCGCCGAAUAAUUGUGAUAACGCGAACAAUAAUACUAGUAGUACAAAUAAUAAUAUAAGCAGAAAUGCGAGCGAAGGGAUAAUUGUAAAUGCGAGUCCGUCCCAAGCGUCUACUUCUACUAAUAGUUCUAGUCAAACGUUAGUCAAUGCAAGCGGCAACACUACUCCUACAUCGCCAGGUCCUUCCUACUCUACUCUCACAGCUCCUAAAAACGAUUCCUCAAUUUUCUCUACGCCUCAAGGAUCCUGGUGUGCUUCUACUCCUAAACUGUCUUCACCCACCAGCCUUUCUGGAACCCCAGAAGCGAAAGAGACAACACCCUCGAAAAAGGGAGCGUCACGUCCGCAACGACAAAUUCGCUCUCUAAAGUACUUACAAGAUUAUGAGACUA